AUGUGUGACGGCGCCCUGCUGCCUCCCCUGGUCCUACCCUUGCUGCUGCUGCUGUUUUGGGGUCUGGAUCCGGGCACAGCUGUAGGCGACGCGGCGGCCGACGUGGAGGUGGUGCUCCCGUGGCGGGUGCGCCCCAGCGACGUGCACCUGCCGCCACUGCCAGGAGCUCCGGGGCCCCGACGGCGGCGGCGUCCCCGCGCACCCCCAGCCGCCCCGCGCGCCCGGCCAGGAGAACGCGCCCUGUUGCUGCACCUGCCGGCCUUCGGGCGCGACCUGUACCUGCAGUUGCGUCGCGACCUGCGCUUUCUGUCCAGCGGCUUCGAGGUGGAGGAGGCGGGUGCAGACCGGCACAGCGGACGCCCAGCGGAACUGUGCUUCUACUCUGGCCGCGUACUCGGCCACCCAGGCUCCCUGGUCUCGCUCAGCGCUUGUGGCGCCGCCGGCGGCCUGGUCGGCCUCAUUCAGCUUGGACAGGAGCAGGUGCUAAUCCAGCCUCUCAGCAAUUCCAGUGGUCCCUUCAGUGGACGAGAGCAUGUGAUCAGACGCAAAUGGACCUUGACACCCAGCCCAACUGCCGAGGAGGCCCAGGUACCUGGGCAGUUCUGCAAGGUUCUAACAGAAAAGAAGAAGCCCAGAAAGGGCAGGCUGUCUCGGGACUGGCGGGAGCGGAGGAACGCUAUACGACUUACCAACGAGCACACGGUGGAGACCCUGGUGGUGGCUGAUGCUGACAUGGUGCAGUACCACGGGGCAGAGGCUGCCCAGAGGUUCAUCCUCACUGUCAUGAACAUGGUAUACAAUAUGUUUCAGCACCAGAGUCUUGGAAUUAAAAUCAACAUUCAAGUUACCAAGCUUGUCCUCCUACGACAACGUCCUGCCAAGUUGUCCAUUGGGCACCAUGGCGAGCGGUCCCUGGAGAGCUUCUGUCAUUGGCAGAAUGAGGAAUAUGGAGGUGCGCGGUACCUCGGUAACAAUCAGGUUCCAGGAGGGAAGGACGAUACACCCCCUGUGGAUGCUGCUGUAUUUGUGACCAGGACAGAUUUCUGCGUUCACAAAGAUGAGCCAUGCGACACUGUUGGAAUUGCUUACUUAGGAGGUGUGUGCAGUGCUAAGAGGAAAUGUGUGCUUGCCGAAGACAAUGGUCUCAAUUUGGCCUUUACCAUCGCUCAUGAGCUGGGCCACAACUUGGGGAUGAACCAUGACGAUGACCACUCAUCCUGUGCUGGCCGGUCCCACAUCAUGUCGGGCGAGUGGGUAAAAGGCCGGAACCCCAGUGACCUCUCUUGGUCCUCCUGCAGUCGAGAUGACCUUGAAAACUUCCUCAAGUCCAAAGUCAGUACCUGUUUGCUGGUCACAGACCCCAGGAGCCAGCAUGCAGUGCGCCUCCCUCACAAGCUGCCAGGCAUGCACUACAGCGCCAAUGAACAGUGCCAGAUCCUGUUCGGCACCAAUGCCACCUUCUGCAAAAACAUGGAGCAUCUGAUGUGCGCUGGACUGUGGUGCCUGGUAGAAGGAGAUACGUCCUGCAAGACCAAGCUGGAUCCUCCCCUGGAUGGCACCGAGUGUGGGGCAGACAAGUGGUGCCGUGCAGGGGAGUGUGUGAGCAAGACGCCCAUCCCAGAGCAUGUAGAUGGAGACUGGAGCCUGUGGGGUUCCUGGAGCAUGUGCAGCAGGACAUGUGGGACAGGAGCGCGGUUCCGGCAGAGGAAAUGCGACAACCCGCCCCCUGGACCUGGAGGCACACACUGCCUGGGUGCCAGCGUGGAGCAUGCCGUCUGCGAGAGUCUUCCCUGUCCCAAGGGUCUGCCCAGCUUCCGAGACCAGCAGUGCCAAGCACACGACCGACUGAGCAGCAAGAAGAAGGGCCUGUUGGCAGCAGUGGUGGUUGAUGAUAAGCCGUGUGAGCUCUACUGCUCACCCCUUGGGAAGGAGUCGCCGCUGCUGGUGGCUGACAGGGUCCUGGAUGGCACUCCCUGUGGACCCUACGAAACUGACCUCUGCGUGCACGGCAGGUGCCAGAAAAUCGGUUGUGAUGGCAUCAUCGGGUCUGCAGCCAAAGAGGACAGGUGUGGUGUCUGCAAUGGGGAUGGCAAGACCUGUCGCGUGGUAAAGGGUGACUUCAGCCACUCUCGGGGGACAGGUUAUAUCGAAGCUGCUGUCAUUCCUGCUGGAGCUCGGAGGAUCCGGGUGGUGGAAGAUAAACCAGCUCACAGUUUUCUGGCUCUCAAAGACUCCAGUAAGAGAUCCAUCAACAGUGACUGGAAGAUAGAGCUCCCUGGAGAGUUCCAGAUUGCUGGCACGACUGUCCGCUAUGUGAGAAGGGGCCUGUGGGAGAAGAUUUCUGCCAAGGGACCAACCAAACUACCGCUGCAUUUGAUGGUGCUGUUAUUUCAUGACCAGAAUUAUGGAAUUCAUUACGAAUACACCAUUCCUGUAAACUACACCGCUGAAAAUCAAAGUGAACCAGCAAAGCCACAGGACGCUUUGUUCAUCUGGACCCACAGCGGCUGGGAAGGGUGCAGCGUGCAGUGUGGAGGAGGGGAACGCAGAACCAUCGUGUCAUGCACACGGAUAGUUAAUAAGACCACGACUCUGGUGAAUGACAGCGAUUGCCCUCAAGCCAGCCGCCCUGAGCCCCAGGUCCGAAGGUGCAACACACACCCAUGCCAGUCACGGUGGGUGGCAGGCCCAUGGAGCCCCUGCUCAGCCACCUGUGAGAAGGGCAUCCAGCAUCGGGAGGUGACCUGUGUGUACCAGCUACAGAAUGGCACACAUGUCACCACACGGCCCCUCUACUGCCCAAGCCCCCGACCAACACCAGUGCAGAGCUGCGAAGGCCAGGACUGCCUGUCCAUCUGGGAGGCAUCAGAGUGGUCACAGUGCUCUGCCAACUGUGGUAAAGGGACGCGGAAGCGAACGGUGACGUGCACCAACUCACAAGGGAAAUGCGAUGCAUCCACAAGGCCAAAAGCCGAGGAGGCGUGUGAGGACUACUCAGGCUGCUAUGAGUGGAAGACGGGGGACUGGUCUAAGUGCUCAUCCACCUGUGGGAAGGGGCUGCAGUCCCGCGUGGUACAGUGCAUGCACAAAGUCACCGGGCGCCAUGGCAGUGAGUGCCCCACUCUCUCGAAGCCGGCAGCCUACAGACAGUGCCACCAGGAGGUCUGCAAUGACAAGAUCAACGUGAACACCAUCACCUCCCCUCGUCUUGCCGCUCUGACAUACAAAUGCACACGGGACCAGUGGACGGUGUACUGCCGGGUCAUCCGAGAAAAGAACCUCUGCCAGGACAUGCGGUGGUACCAGCGCUGCUGCCAGACAUGUAGAGACUUCUACGCGAACAAGAUGCGCCAGCCGCCUUCUCCGCCAAGCUCAUGA